AUGACACGCUUCUUUUAUGUAUCGGCAUUGUUGAUAAAGAUAUAUCAAGAAGAAGCUGCAGCUGGAACCAUGACACGCUUCUUUUUCUUCUUAUAUAAGCAAAAGAGAGCAAUAGCAAAUGCUAAGAAGAAAAGACCCCCAAUUGAUACACCUACAGCAAUAAUUGUUGAGUGUUUUCCACCUCCCCCUGAUGGCGGGGCAACAUCAAUACUAGUACUUGAUGGUGGAGGAGGAAAAGUACUUGAAGGAAAAGUUGGUGUGGGAAGUGGUGUUAAUGCUGAAGGAGAUGGACUUAAAGGUGGUGUUCCUGGUGAAGAAGUUGGAGAUUGCAAGUCACUUGAUGGUAAAGACGUUGGUGAGGGUGGAAUCUUGGAAUUGUUUGGUGGUGAACUUGGACUUUGUGGGGGUGAAAUAGGACUUUUGGAAGUAUUUGGUGGUGAACUCGGAGUUUGUGGUGGUGGAGGAGGACUUGGUGGAGAAGAUGUUGGUGUUUUUGUUUGGUUGAUAGGACCAGGAGGAGGAGGAGCAUUGGCUAAUCUAGGAUUUGAACUUGAUGAAGGAGGCGGAGGAAAUAGUUGUGGUGGCAAUGUUGGUGGUGAGAGUGGGAUAUUCCCACCACUUUGA